AUGCGUCAUCGGGGCCAAAUUGAAGUCGGCCCCACACUGAAAAAACAAAGCGUUUUUCAUUCCAGUGGUCAAAUAAACUCGCUUUCAGGGGGUCAACAAUAUCAACGGCUCACUGGUGAUAUCGGACUCAAUGGUGGAGUCAAAGUCAGUGGUGGCGUUAUCAAAACUGGUGUCGGAGUCAGUGGCGGCGCCGGUACUGGUGGAGUCGUUAUCAACGGGAGUAUCAGUAACAAAACUGAAGUCGGCGUCGUCCGCUGCACCGGAACAAAUGACAGCGUUGGAGUCAUGGGUGGUGUCGUACUGACUGCGGGAGUCAAAGUCAGUGGUGGUGUUGGAAUCAAUGGUGGAUUCAAAGUCAGUGGUGGUGUUGGCAUCAAUGGUGGAGUCAAAGUCAGUGGUGAUGACGUUAUUAAAACUGGUGUCGGAGUCAACGGCGGCGCCGGACUUACUGGUGCAGUCGUAGUCAACGGGAGCAUCAGAAACAACACUAGUGCUGGGAUCGGUCGAUGCACCGGAACCAAUGGCAGCGUUGCAAUCACCGGUGGUGAUGGAAUAAAUGGUGGAGUUAAAGUCAGUGGUGAUGUCGGACUCAAUGGUGGAGUUAAAGUCAGUGGUGGCGUUAUCAAAACUGGUGUCGGAGUUAGUGGCGGCGCCGGACUUACUGGUGGAGUCGCAAAAAACGAGAGCAUCAGUUACAACACUGAAGUCGGCGUCAUCCGCUGCACCGGAACCAAUGGCAGCAUUGCAAUCAAUGGUGGUGUUGGACUCAAUGGUGGAGUAAAAGUCAGUGGUGAUAUCGGACUCAAUGGUUGA